AUGAAAAGGGCUUUAUUUAUACCAAGAGCCACCACAGGUAGUCUUAAAGCACGUAUGAUGUUCCAGAGUGCCAGAGUGCUUGUCUAUAAAACUAGAAUUCUUGGGGGUCACCUGGUGACCUCUCAGUUGGUUCCAGCAAGAUUCCAAAGCACAAACAAUAAAACUGCUUCUUUAAAGGUGGACGAUCCUCAGCUUAUGAUAGCCUUUACAUGCAAGAAAUGCGACACUAGGUCUUCACACACAUUCUCCAAACAAGCAUACACCAAGGGCACAGUGGCAAUCCAGUGUCCAGGCUGCAAAAACCGUCAUUUGAUAGCGGAUAACCUCAAGAUCUUCAAGGACGACAAAUUCAGUUUGGAAGAAGUUUUAAAGGCCAAGGGCGAGUCUGUUUCCACCAGCACUGAAGAUUUGGUUUUCAAUGACAUUCCUGAAAGCUUGAGGGAAAAGAUUGGUCACCAUGCUAGAGAUGCUCCAGAGGAUUACCAAAAGAAACUCGAACCAGAAAAUACGGCUCUUCCCAAAGGGAAUGAUAAAUGA